UUGGCGCGGGUAGGGGAGGGUGUGGGGUGCGCUCUCGUCGGGUGGGUGCUCCUGUCUGUGUUGUGGCUGUGGGACCUGCGAGCGAGCAGCGACGCCAGCGGCGGAGAACCGACGAAGGGUAUCACCACAGUGAUGGCAGUGGAGGACAGUACACUGCAGGUGGUGGUGCGGGUGCGGCCCCCCACCCCUUGGGAGCUGGACAGUCAGCGGCGGCCGGUGGUGCAGGUGGUGGAUGAACGGGUACUGGUGUUUAACCCUGAGGAGCCCGACAGAGGGUUCCCUGGCCUGAAAUGGGGCAGUACCCAUGAUGGCCCCAAGAAGAAGAGCAAAGACCUGACGUUUGUCUUUGACCGGGUUUUUGGUGAGGCGGCCAGCCAACAGGAUGUGUUCCAGCACACCACACACAGCAUCCUGGACAGCUUCCUCCAAGGCUACAACUGCUCAGUGUUUGCCUACGGGGCCACCGGGGCUGGGAAGACACACACCAUGCUUGGAAGGGAGGAGGACCCCGGCAUCAUGUACCUGACCACUGUGGAACUGUACAAGCGCCUGGAGGCCCGCCAGCAGGAGAAGGACUUCAAGGUGCUCAUCAGCUACCAGGAGGUGUACAAUGAGCAGAUCCACGACCUCCUGGAGCCCAAGGGGCCCCUUGCCAUCCGCGAGGACCCCGACAAGGGAGUGGUGGUGCAAGGACUUUCUUUCCACCAGCCAGCCUCAGCCGAGCAGCUGCUGGGAAUGCUGACCAGGGGGAACUGUAACCGUACGCAGCACCCCACUGAUGCCAACGCAACUUCCUCCCGCUCCCAUGCCAUCUUCCAGAUCUUCGUGAAGCAGCAGGACCGGGUUCCAGGACUGACCCAGGCCGUCCAGGUGGCCAAGUUGAGCCUGAUUGACCUGGCUGGCUCAGAGCGGGCAUCCAGCACCCAUGCGAAGGGGGAGCGACUGCGGGAGGGCGCCAACAUCAACCGCUCUUUGCUGGCGCUCAUCAACGUCCUCAACGCCCUGGCCGACGCAAAGGGCCGCAAGACCCAUGUGCCCUACAGGGACAGCAAACUAACGCGUCUGCUCAAAGACUCCCUUGGUGGCAACUGCCGCACAGUGAUGAUCGCUGCCAUCAGCCCCUCCAGCCUGGCCUACGAGGACACGUACAACACCCUCAAGUAUGCUGACCGGGCCAAGGAGAUCAGGCUCUCGCUGAAGAGCAACGUGACCAGCCUGGACUGUCAUAUCAGCCAGUAUGCUACCAUCUGCCAACAGCUCCAGGACGAGGUAGCCGCUCUAAGGAAGAAGCUAAAAGUAUAUGAAGGGGGAGGCUGGCCCCCACAGGACCUCCCAGGAGCCCCCAAGUCAGAACUACCACCACAACACCUUCCCAGCUCCCUCUUUCCACCCCACCCUUCCAGCCAGCCCUGCACGUCAGAGCUCCCUGCAGGGCCUGGAGCCCUUCAAGAGGAGAGUUUGGGGACAGAGUCCCAGGUGGAGAGGGUCAUGGAAGGGACCUCUUCAGACCAGGAACAGUGCCCAAAGGACCAGGAUGAAGGCCCAGCUGAGGAGGUUCCAACCCAGAUGCCGGAGCAGAACCCCACACAUGCAUUGCCAGAGUCCUCUGGCCUGACCCUGCAGCCCAAGCUAGUCAUGGGCCACCUCUCAGCACAGGAACUGGACAAGGACCGUUCUAAGCAGUUGGCCCUAAAAAUGCUGUGCCUGGCCCAGCGGCAAUACUCCCUGCUCCAAGCAGCCAACCUCCUGACCCCCGACAUGAUCACAGAGUUUGAGACCCUACAGCAGCUGGUGCAAGAAGAAAACAUUGAGCUCGGGGCAGAGGCCUCUAGAACUUCGGGCCUGGCCGGAGGGUCACCUCUAGCUCAAGAGCUGUGUUCAGAGUCAAAGCCUUUGGGAUAUACUGGCCCUGUGACCCGGACCAUGGCGAGGCAGCUGAGUGGCCCCCUACACACGUUGGGGAUUCCACCUGGACCUAACUGCUCCCCAGCCCAGGGAUCCCGAUGGCCCAUGGAGAAGAAGAAGAGGAGGAGACCACGCCCCUUGGAACCAGACAGUCCCACGGCCCUAAAGCGGGGCACCAAGCGCCAGCGCCAGUCCUUUCUGCCCUGCCUGAGGAGAGGGUCUCUGCCUGAUGCCCAACCUUCACUGGGGCCCAGCACCCCCAAAGGAGAAAGGGGCUCCUCCCCCUGUUCUUCCCCCCACUUCUGCCCAGCCACAGUCAUCAAAAGCCGGGUGCCCCUUGGUUCUUCGGCCAUGCAGAACUGUUCCACCCCUCUGGCCCUACCCACUCGAGACCUCAAUGCCACCUUCGAUCUCUCUGAGGAGCCUCCCUCAAAGCCCAGUUUCCAUGGGUGCAUUGGCUGGGACAGAGUCCCCCAGGAGCUGAACAGGCUAGACCAACCCUUCAUCCCCAGGGGACCCAUGCUCCUGUUCACCACAAAGGGCCCCAAACCAACAUCUUCCCUCCCUGGGACCUCUGCCUGCAAGAAGAGGCGUGUUGUGAGUUCCUCCGUCUCCUGUGGCCGCAGCCGCAUUGCCCGCCUCCCCAGCAGCACCUUGAAGAGACCAGCUGGACCCCUUGCACUCCCAGAGCUGCCCUUGAGUCCCAGGUGCCCUAGCAACCAGAGGAGUGGAAAGGACCUCGUCAGGGUGGGGAGAGUGCUGUCAGCGGGGAACGGUGUCACCAAGGUGUCCUGACCACCAGGAUGUCGGGACCCCCCCAACCCCACUAUGCUGGACACCCCUCUUGGACCUGGAACCACCUGCACCAGGAGCCCAGACCUGCUUUCCUUACCUGGGAGCAAUUAGUGCCAACACACCUUCGCCUGUAUUACCAUCCCUCCGCAGCCAUCUGUCCUGCUAUUCACCCUUGUUAAUCCCCUGUUAUACUCAGCUUCUUGCCAUCUACAUAUUCAUUUGAGUGUUAACAUGUUGCUGGGUUUUUUUGUUUGUUUUGGUGUUUCACUCUAUCGCCUAGGCUAGAGUAUAGUGGUGCAAUCUCGGCUCACUGCAACCUCCACCUCCUGGGUUCAAGUAAUUCUCCUGCCUCAGCCUCCCAAGUAGCUGAGAUUACAAGUGCCUGCCACCACACCCAUCUAAUUUUCAAAUUUUUAGUAGAAACAGUGGUUUCACCAUGUUGGCCAGGCUGGUCUUGAACUCCUGACCUUGCCCAAAGUGCUGAGAUUACAGGUGUGAGCCACCGUGCCCAGCCUGUGUUGCAGUUUUAAAGGUGCUGCCAUGUUCCCCCCUCAUUUUUUGUUUUAAUUUAAUUUAAUUUUAUGAGACAGAGUCUCACUGUCGCCCUGGUUUGAGUGCAGUGGUGUGAUCUCAGCUCACUGUAACCUCCACCUCCUGGGUUCAAGUGAUUCUCCUGCCUCAACCUCCUGAGUAGUUGGGAUUAAAGGCAAGUGCCACCACACCCAGCUUCUUUUUUUUUUUUAUUAUUUUUUUAUUUUUAGUAGAGAUAGGUUUUCAUUGUGUUAGCAAGGAUGAUCUGGAUCUCCUGACCCCCUGAUGGCCACGGGCAGUGGAGGAGGAAUAAGGAUGAGUUGGGGAGUGGGGAGUCACAGCUUGGCUCUUCCUGGUUUCUGAGAGAGGGACAUCUUCAUCCCUCCUCCCCUGAGUCCCCAACUACAGUCCUGGUGAAGAUGUGGAUGAUAAUGGUGCCUUGAUUUCCAAAUGAAGACAGCUUUAUUGUUUUACUCUAUUGUAAAUAGGAUACACAUUCAGUGUAAAAUAAAGUGUAAAGAAAGGGGAAUUCAGCCUUGAUGCUGCACCUAGAUAUAAAUGCUAAUGAUACUUGGGUUUAUGGCCUUCUGAUCCUUUAUUUCUGCACACACACACAUAUAUAUACACACACACACACACGCACACACACACACACACACACACACGCACAUUUUUGGUAUAACAAUAAACUGUCUCCAUCCUUAGUGUGUGUGUUUCUCUGUGCACCUAGAUAGGAUAGCAGCACCUUUCCUUUCUCACCUCCCUACUCUUAAAACCUCAGGAAACUUCUGAGUGUAUAGAGAAAGCAGUUUCCACUCUGCCUCCUCCUGGAGCCUGAGGUCUGGGCCUAGGUCUGAGCCCCGAUCUUCACUCCACAGCUCAAUCUGCCCUGAAGGGCUUCCUCUUCUCCAAGGUUUGGGAAUAAUUGCACCUGGAGGUCUACUCCAGCCUUCUACAGCCUUGGGGGUGGGGUGCUAGUGUUCCCCAGGUUUUAGGUGAGGUUCCAAGCUAAGCCCCCACAGGCUGAGUCCAGUGUAGUCGUCUUUGCCACCACCCCCCACCUGGUCGGUGGCUUCCAUCUCCACUCCCUUGGAUUGUUUGACAGUGCCACGUAAGUUUCCAGCCACUCUCCCCAUGAAGACAUGGUUGGCUGAAUGAAUUAAUAGUGUAAACAAAAU